AUGGCAUCCACAACAUCCUUGGUCACAUUUUCAUUGAUAACAAUGUCGGUCAAUGGCAUCCACAACAUCCUUGGUCACAUUUUCAUUGAUAACAAUGUCGGUCAAUGGCAUCCACAAUUUUCAUCGGUCAAUGGCAUCCACAACAUGGUCACAUUUUCAUUGAUAACAAAUGUGUCGGUCAAUGGCAUCCAUAACAUCCUUGGUCACAUUUUCAUUGAUAACAAUGUCGGUCAAUGGCAUCCACAACAUCCUUGGUCACAUGGAUUUUCAUUGAUAACAAUUCGGUCAAUGGCAUCCACAACAUCCUUGGUCACAUUUUCAUUGAACAACAAUGUCGGUCAAUCAUCCACAAUGCCUGGCAUCAUUGAUAACAAUGUCGGUCAAUGGCAUCCUCCUUGGUGUUUUCAUGAUAACAAUGGUCAAUGGCAUCUACAGCAUCCACAAUGUCGGUCACAUCCUUGGUCACAUUUUCAUUGA